UUGUACAAGCCACCUGCCAAAUUUCGAACCCAUAACCUGAAAAUCUGGAAUUUGGACAUUGACAAGCUACAAACCAUGCCUACCGUUAACGUUGACAAGGAGUUGCUCUACAAGAGCCUCGGAAAAUCUUACAGUACUGAAGAAUUCCGCGAGCUUUGCUUUCACUUUGGUAUCGAACUCGAAGAAGAUACCUCCGAAACUGUUGUUCAGAAUGGAGAAGUUGCACCCGAGAGACCUUUGUUGAAGGUUGACAUCUCAGCCAACAGAUACGAUUUGCUUUGCCAGGAAGGUAUCGCCCGUGCUUUGCGCGUCUUUUUGAACUUGGGUCAAGUUCCCGUCUACCGACUAGUCAAGCCCAGUGGAGGACUUGAGAAGAUAGUCGUUAAACCCGAUACUGCCAAGAUUCGUCCAUUCGUUGUUGGUGCCAUCCUUCGUAACAUCAAGUUCACUCAAGACAACUACAACAGCUUCAUUGAUCUUCAGGACAAGCUUCAUAACAAUAUCUGCCGAAAGCGCACUCUUGCCUCAAUGGGCACUCACGACCUCGACACCAUCAAGGGUCCCUUCAGCUAUGAUGCUUUGCCUCCAAAGGACAUCAAGUUCACUCCAUUGAACCAAACGAAGGAUAUGGAUGCAAACCAAUUGAUGGAAUUCUAUACUCCCGAUAAGCACCUUGGAAAGUUCUUGCACAUCAUCAGAGACUCCCCCGUCUAUCCUGUCGUCUUCGAUGCCAGCAAGACAGUUUGUUCACUUCCCCCUAUCAUCAAUUCUGAUCACUCCAAAAUCACUUUGAAUACUAAGAACGUGUUCGUUGAAAUCACCGCAACUGAUGAAAAUAAGGCUAACAUUGUGCUCAAUACUCUUGUGACUAUGUUCUCUGAAUACUGUGAGGAACCUUUCACAGUUGAGCCUGUUGAAAUCCAUUAUCCUGACGGUACCGUCAAGGUUACACCAGAUCUUGACAAUCGUCGUGCCUCAGCAAAGGUUGAUUAUAUCAACUCCUGCACAAACUUGACACUCAAGCCAGAAGAGAUCGUCGAACUCCUCAACCGCAUGUCCAUGCUUGCUUCCGUCAACCCAGCUGAUAGCAACGAAAUUCUUGUUGAAGUUCCUCCUACACGUUCCGAUAUCCUUCAUGCUUGCGAUAUUAUGGAAGACGUUGCCAUCGCCUAUGGUUAUGACAAUUUACCCAAGCGUGUUCCCAGCGUCAACACUAUUGCUUCUGCUUUCCCCAUCAACAAAUUGACUGACAGUGCAAGACGCGAAUUGGCUCUCGCUGGAUUCACUGAAGUUGCACCAUUGACCUUGUGCUCUCACGAUGAGAACUUCAAGUUCCUAAGACGCGUUGAUGAUGGUACUACUGCUGUCAAGUUGGCGAACCCUAAGACCAUUGAAUAUCAAGUUGUCCGAACCUCACUUCUUCCCGGUAUUCUUAAGACCAUUAACUCUAACAGAAAGCACCCACUUCCCAUCAAAGUUUUCGAAGUUUCCGAUAUCACGCUAAAGGAUGACUCUUAUGACCGCAAGAGCAGAAACGAACGCCGCGUUUGUGCCGCCUACACUUCCAAAACCUCUGGUUUUGAGGUUAUUCACGGUUUGUUGGAUCGUAUCAUGAGAAUGUUCAACAUCCAGUUCAUCGGCCGAAAUAGCAAGGAGCUUGGUUACUGGAUUACUGAAGCAGAGAACAAUACCUAUUUCCCUGGCCGUUCAGCUGAUAUCUACUUGACCUACAUUGUCCCCGAGACGAGCCGCCGUGCCACUAUCAAGAUCGGCAGUUUCGGUGUCCUACACCCCGAAGUUCUGCAAAGCUUUGAGCUCUCUUACCCUACCACCGUCUUAGAAUUUAAUCUAGAGCCACUUUUGUAAAAUUAUUUGUGUGCCUAAAUUGCGCGUGGAGCAAUUCCGUAAAAUUAUCAUCCGCGCAUUUCUUCAAGCGGUUUCUUAUUCUUGCAACCCUAAAACAAAAAUACAUAGCAUGAAAAUUUAUCUUUCCAUAGA